ACUUGGCAUAUAAUAUCUGUCACACCUGCAGCCAGCCUCUCCUCCGGACUGCCGCCGUGACUUUAAUACUUCAGCCUUACCCACCCACCACCGGGCCCCCCGCCCCCCUCGUUUGAGCGACCCGUCGGAUCGUGCUGUGUCUCGACGCGUUUUAAAGAUGCUGGCUUGUACGGAGAUGAUCACCAUGUGCCUGCAGUCGGCCAAACAGAAGCAUCUUCUGGCUCAGCAGCAGCAGCAGCAGCAGCAGCAGCACACCGCCGGACAGGGGCUGACUAUCUUUCAUGAUAUUUUCCGCAGAGCUGACAAAAACGACGAUGGCAAGCUGUCAUUUGAGGAGUUCAAUACUUACUUUGCGGAUGGAAUCCUGACCACUGAGGAGCUGCAGGAGCUUUUCUUCUCCAUAGAUGGCCGACAAAAUAACAAUCUGGACACUGAAAAGCUCUCAGAGUAUUUCUCUGAGCACCUGGGGGAGUAUCUCAAUGUACUUUCAUCUCUGGAGAGCCUGAAUGUUGCCAUUUUAAAGGCCAUGGAUAAAACUAAAGAGGAGUACCAGGGUUCCAGUGUGUUGGGCCAGUUCGUCACCAGGUUCAUGCUAAGAGAGACGUCCAAUCAGCUGCAGUCUCUACAGAAGUCCCUGCAGUGUGCAAUAGAGGCUGUGGAGGAGCAGAGCAGCCCUGCACCGAGAGAGGCAAAGGCUCCGGAGCUGACAGCAGUCCAGAAGAGUGGCCGGCGGUGUGGUCGCAGGAUCCAUAACAACCUGUGCAUGUCCCCAUCAGAUCCCUCCUCUGGCAUCCUGACCACAGGUGUCUGCAUGGAGGAUGGAGAGAACUGGUGCUCUCAAGUCAACAGGCUGCAGCAACUGCUGGAUAAACUGGAGUGUCAGGGUCCCAAGUUGGAGCCACUGAAGGAGGACACACUGGCCACCACGUACAAGUCUAACAUCCUGCUGGUUCAGAGGCAGAUGUCGCUGACCGAUGAAGCUGAAGAUCUGGACAACUUCCGGAAAGUCCUGAAGAGCUACAUCACUUCCACCGCAGCGCACUCCGACAACCUGCAUGUGUCCGUUCAGAAGCUCCCGGGAAAGUCGUGUUACAUAAUGUAUGAGUUCUGGCAGGACCGCAUCUCCUGGAUGAGCUACCUGCAGUCCAACAGCAGCAAAGACUUCCAGCGCUGCACCAUUGACAUGUUGGAGGAUGCUGAAGUAGUUUCUACCAUGUUGCUGCCAGCUUCCUGGUGGAUUAUGACUAACAACUAGCAACUGAAUCCAGAAUGUCACAUCUACUGCCGACACUGUCACAGGGACAAAGACACACACACACACACACACACACACACUCACACGAUAAUUCAGAAGGCCUCCGUGUGUUUGAAAGCAACAGGAGACGGUGACGUCAUCCGGCGCUCUCCAGCAGCAUUUUCUCUCUCUGUGUGUUCUUCUGUGUCCGACUGCUCAUUAUUGUGCCGCUUGUAUCCAAAGGGAUGGUUGCAUCCCUGUAGCCAAUCUAAUGACUUGAACGUGUUUGAUUAUCUGCAAUGCAAAAAAAAUUGAAUUAAAGUCACCAUGCCAGUGGUGUUAAUGUGUUCUUCUUAUGAGUUGUUUCAAGUUGAAUAACAUUACAUAGGAGAUGAAGAGUUUCUUCAGGCAAAACGUGCAUGUCCUUUAAAUCCUGGCUGUGUAUGCUGUUUUUCUUUUAUUUAUAGCUAUCGUGUGCUCAGAAUUAUACAAAUCGGCCCUUAUUGCUAGAUAUACAUAUUUAUUAUAUUAGUGACGUCUACUCUGAAACACACUCUUUGUUUCUAAAGUAUCUCCAGAAGUGUGACUAUCUAACGGAAGUCACGCUUUGUGAGGACAUUCCAUUGUAUCACUAAGUUAUAAAUAGAAAAUGUGUUUAAUGUGUCAUGUGUUUACUUUGUUCAUGUCCAUAUGUAGCUCAGAUAUAUUCAUAGUUAUGCUGUGUUUUGCUUCUGUAAUCUUCACCACAAGUUGUAACUAAACUGAAACUGGACUUCAAUACAAAUAAGAUUAAAGCUAUUCAUUGUUUUGAACAAGUGAAAAUGCC